CAUUUUGAUGUCUAGAAACAGGGAAUCCAGGAUCAUCACCAAGGUCAUUUUCCCAGACAGAUGUGCUGAGGCUGUAGAAAGUGCUUUUUAUUUGGUUGGGAGCUUGUGCAUAAAUGCGAGAGGGGCUGCACAUCUGACGGACUAGAGGUGACUCAUGGCUGAACCGGAACAGGACAUCGGGGAGAAGCCAGCAGGUGAAUAUAAACAAGAAGGCACAAAUCCACACUUGCCAACGGACCCAAGUGAUAACAAGAAACCCAGUGACACCUGUCUAGUCAGAAUUCAGAACCCCAAAGAAAAUGACUUCAUUGAAAUUGAACUGAAGAGACAAGAACUGAGUUACCAAAACCUACUAAACGUGAGUUGCUGUGAACUGGGGAUUAAACCAGAAAGAGUGGAGAAGAUCAGAAAGCUACCAAACACACUGCUCAGAAAGGACAAAGACAUUCGAAGACUGCGGGACUUUCAGGAAGUGGAACUCAUUUUAAUGAAAGAUGGAAGCUCCAGAUUGACAGAAUAUGUGCCAUCUCUGACAGAAAGGCCCUGCUAUAAUAGCAAAGCUGCAAAAAUGACUUAUUAAAUACUCCCAGGAAUGGCCGGGCAUGGUGGCUCACGCCUGUAAUCCCAGCACUUUAGGAAGCCAAGGUGGGCAGAUCACCUGAGGUCAGGAGUUCUAGACCAGCCUGGCCAACAUAUAGUGAAACCCAGUCUCUACUAAAAAAAAUACAAAAAUUAGCUAGGUGUGGUGGCGCACACCUGUAGUCCCAGCUACAUGGGAAGCUGAGGCAGGAGAAUCACCUGAACCCAGGAGACAGAGGUUGCAGUGAGCUGAGAUUGCGCCACUGCACUCCAGCCUGGCGACAGAGCAAGACUCUGUCUCUCAAAAUAAAUAAAUAAAUAAAUAAUCAA